AUGUCCACAAAGAAGUAUGUCGAAUUAAGUUCUGAGAGUAGUAUGUCCGAAAAAUUUGAGACAAGUGUGUUAUUAAAGUUCAUAAAACCUUUUGACGGAUCUCGUGAUAAGUUAUGUUCAUUUAUAAAUAAUUGUGAUAAUGCUUUUAAAUUAGCCUCUCAAAGUCAAAAGCCCCUUUUGCUAAAUUAUAUACUAUGCCAACUCGAAAACAAAGCCGAAACCGCUGCGUCCAUUAAAGACUUUGAUAGCUGGGAACAGCUGAGCCAAUUUUUACAAUCUCAAUUUGGAGAGCGCAAGCAUUAUGCACAUUUAUUGUUAGACCUACAAGAGAGCCAACAGCUCCCUAACGAAUCGGUUAGCCAAUACUCCUUGAGAGUGGAAUCUAGCCUUUAUAAAUUAUUAACCGAGAUCUCACUAUCUAAUAAGAAAAAGGUCAAACUGUCUGGUAAGAUAUCCGCUAUGGCAGAAUUGGCGUUACACUGUUUCAUAAUGGGCCUUACCCCUAAAAUCUCUAAUUUUGUUAGGAUGAAAAACCCACAGAGCCCUAAUGAGGCCACUAACUAG